AACUUUGUGCAAGUUGUUCAUUUCUAUCACUAAAACGUAAGAAAAUGAAGAGAUCACUGACACUUUUCAUUUUAGCGCUAAUUGCUAUCGUAAUUGCAAAUGAUGAUAAUAAAACCGUGGAAGACAUUGCAAAAAUGUUCAACAUCGAUGUACCAAAAGUACAGACAUGUGUGGACGAAGAAGGAAUCAAAAUAGAGCAGUUAAGGACUUGGUUGGAAACGUUUAAUCGGAAUGGCACGGUUGAGGAGAAUGAAGACGCUAACGGAGAAUUAAAGCAAACUUGUAGUUUUAUAGCUUGUCUAUUGGAAAAGAAAAGAAUGAUGGAAGAUGAGAAGUUAAUUGUAGACAAGAUAAUUGAAAGUAUAAAAGAAGAGGAUAGAAAUAAUAAUAUGUCAGAGGAAAUUUUAACAAAUUGGAAGAACUGUAUGAAUUCAUUAAAUGAAAACAGUCAAUUGACUCGGGAAGAUAGAGCCUGUGGUAUACUAUAUUGCGUUUCAUCCCAGUAAACGAUGAGAGAGUAAAACAAGAUUGUAAAAUGCAGUAUAUCGGCUGGAUAGAAAAUCAUAAUAUUUCCUAUAUA